UCACUGUUUAUCUAUUGAAUUAAGUCCAAAAAUUUUUUUUUGAGAAAUAACGAACUUUUUAAAUUCUUAUAGUGUUACCAUACGCGGCCUGGCCUUAAACGUUUAAAAAGCUCAGACUGCGCUCCCGUGAGCUAAAGCUAUCAUCUGGUUGCGGCUCCCCAUCGCCGGUUGGAGAUUUGACAGUCAGCUGAUUGUAGUACCACUGCCGUGUUUUCAAGUCCCACGUCCAAGUAUUUAGCAUGGAGAACGUAUCCAAAGUCUGGCUAGGCCCGCUGCCAGAGGAUUCGCCCUAUGUGAAACCCUUCCGGCUGUACUAUGUGCAGAAUGGCGUGGAGAAGAACUGGGACCUGCUUAAGGUGCACGAUAGCGUGGCCAUCAUCCUGUACAACACCUCUCGUCAGAAGUUGGUCCUAGUGCGCCAGUUCCGACCCGCCGUCUACCACGGGAUUAUCUCCAGCGCAAAGGGCACCUUCGAUAAGGUGGACCUCAAGGAGUUCCCGCCCGCCAUUGGGGUCACCUUGGAGCUGUGCGCAGGCAUCGUGGACAAGUCGAAGAGCUGGGUGGAGAUCGCCCGAGAGGAGGUGGUGGAGGAGUGCGGCUACGAUGUCCCCGUGGAGCGAAUCGAGGAGGUCAUGGUCUACCGAUCUGGUGUUGGCUCAUCGGGAGCAAAGCAAGCAAUGUACUACUGCGAGGUGACCGAUGCGGACAAGGCCACCGGUGGCGGCGGAGUCGACGACGAGAUCAUCGAGGUGGUGGAGCUGUCCUUGGAGGAGGCCAAGCGGAUGAUCCAGCAGGGAGCCGUGAACAACAGCCCGCCCAGCUGUCUGAUGGGCCUGAUGUGGUUCUUUGCCAACAGGGCACCCACUGCCAGCGCCUAAUGGCCAACGUUGCUGUUGAUUCAGCGAGAUAAGCGGCGGCCGUGAUAAGAGAUGAUAAGAUGCCUGCCUCCGCAUCCGCAGCGUUGCCUUAGAAAACUUGUAUUAGCCAACACGAAUUCGAAUGCUUUCCAAACGAAAACAUUGUGAGUGCGCCUAGCGCAUACGAUAAUACUGAAAAUUCCCGCGCCUGUCGAGGCUUACCUUAUGAUAUGUACCGUGUAAUAUGUAAUAAACCCUGGCCAGCUGUCUGCUCAUGAA